CGCCGGCACCGAGCCCCCCCCCGCUCUCGACGGCACGAGACCCCGCGCCCGCGCUGGGGAGAGGAGCAGAGGACACAGGGUGCCGUAGGGGCGGAGGAGCGAGGGGCAGGAUGCCGAAGAAGAAGCAGCCCAUGGAGGACUGCGACUCGCAGAGCCUGGCUGGGGACGAGGAUGAGCAGAGGAGCCCAGCCAGUGCCAGGAAGAAGCGCAGCUUUGUGGAUGCCUUUAUCGUCAUCUCUGACAGCGACGGGGAGGAGUCAAAGGAGGAGAAUGGCUUGCAGAAGAAGAGAACAAAGCAGCAGCUGGAGAGAGCCAAGUGUGCCGCAAGAAGGAAGAUCGCACAGAUGACUGAAGAGGAACAGUUUGCUCUGGCCCUCAGGAUGAGUGAGCAGGAAGCCAGGCAAGUGAACUGCCAGGAGGAGGAAGAGGAGGAGCUCUUGAGGAAGGCCAUCGCUGAGAGCCUUCACAGCUGCCAGCCAUCAUCCCCACCUGUGGAGGCCACUGCCCUGCCCACACCUGCAGCGGGCACUCCGCCGUGUGGCGCUUCACCGCAGGGCAACACAGAGUCUGCAGGUGCUUUGCCAUCGUCCCCUGGCUCCCCUUCUGCUGAGCCCUGCUCCUCUUCACGGAGCCUGCGCACGGAUGGGAGCAAACCCACAGGCAUUACCAGAAGCCCCCUAGUCUUGCUGACGAGGCUAAGCCAGGAGAUCGUGGAGAGCUCGAUAACGUCCAGCAUUGUUGUCUCCCCAGGGAAGAGCCAGGCUUCCCUGAGGGCAGACGAGCAGCCUGCCUCACUGGCAGGCAGCAACACCAGCAGCGCGGCACCCAGCUCCCCCAACCAGCGUCUGAGCCCCACCUUUGCCAGCUUCACUCCAGGCACCUGGCGGCUGACGCCUCGGAGACUGUUCCCAGCUUCGUGCAGCCCAGGGAAAGCCACUGAGAGGGAUCAGGAUGCGCCUCCUCCUGACGCUGGGGGGUCUGGGGCUCAGAGGAGCAGGACCUGUGCCCAGCAUGGCCGCCCCCGGAGGAGCCAGGGAGCAGGCAGUGCCCCUUGUUCCCAGCGGCUUGGGGACAGCAGGGAAGCCUCGGUGCCCACUGAGACAGGGGAGCAGAGCGAGGUGUCCAGCCAGGUGGGCACACGUGGCCGGGCGGGCAAGGCGUGCCAGCUGGAGGAGGGCAAGGACACUGUGCACUAUUACUGGGGGAUCCCAUUCUGCCCCAAGGGGGCUGACCCCAACCAGUACACGCAGGUUAUCCUGUGCCAGCUGGAAGUAUACCAGAAGAGCCUGAAGCAGGCCCAGCGCCGGCUCCUGCACAAGAAGGAGUUUGGUGAGCCUGUGGUCCCUGGGUCUGUCCCCUCCAGCCCACCUGCCCCAGGGAAGGCGGAGGGAGUUGCCAGGGAGAAUGGGGUCGAGGAGGCAGAAGAUGGGGAUGUGGAAGGGAGGACUGAGCCCAGGGCUGGCGCCUGGCUUCUGCCCUCCCCAGCCCGUGGGCCUGGCGAGAAUCCAGCGUGGAGCCCAGACGGGAAGAGUUCAGCGUCCGAGGAGGAGCCUACCACUAGCUACUGCCAGGCCUCCCAGGUGCUGCUUGCAGAAGACGCCCCUGAAGACGGCGAGCCCAUGCAGAUCACGCAGAGCAUUUCGGCUUUGACUCCCCUCGGCAGUAAACGGAGCCCAGACAUUGCCACCGAAAGCCCUGCUGCAGAAGAGAUCACCGUGUGCCCUGAGACCCAGCCAAGUCCCUCUGAAGCGAUCGAGCCAGUGAGCAAGGAGCUGUGUUCAGCCAGCAGAGAUGCACCUAGGCAGACUGCUGGAGACGAAGAUGCGGGUGGCGCGUCGGAGAGCACUCUUGCCACGGCUGCCUGUGUGGCCUGCCCGCUGUGCGACCAGGGCUUCCCUGCCACGGAGAUCGAGCUGCACGCCAUGUAUUGCAACGGCGCCACGGGAGAGGAUGCUGAUGAGGACCUCCCAGUACUCACACGGCGGCAGAGAGAAGCCAAGAGCAGAGCGGUCCGGGGCAUCCCGCCACCCAGGGACACUGGCAACAGGAGCGAGAAGUGCUACCUCUGCAAGUCGCUGGUGCCGCGCAGGGAGUAUGAGCGCCACGUGGACGGCUGCCUCCAGGCCGCGGAGAGAGCGCUAGGCACCAGGAGGCUGCGAAGCGCCAAGGAUGACAGGCCCGAGGGCCGCCUCCUUGCCCUGCUGGAGCUCUCCGAGAGCAAGGCUGCAGGUGCUGCCGUGGGGGUCACAUCGUCUGCAGGAGCAAGCCCAAGGCACCUCCUAUCCAGGGCCCAGGAUGAUGCUGGGAACAGUGCAGGCGGCCGGUGUAGCCCUCCCCACACGCCUCUGAGGGAUCCCCCGGCCAAGGCCCUCAUGUCCCUGGGUGAGGCCGCGGCCUGCCUGCUGGACCUGGAGGAGCCGGCGGGCGCUCAGCCGGGCAGUCGCCUGCAGACCAAAGCCGCCCGGCGGAGGAAGAGGAAGUUCUGAGCCACGCUGCCGCAAGGACUCGGGCCCCCCGCCCUCCGCCCCCUUUAUAUGUUUUGUACGCUGGCGCGGCUGGGCGCAACGCCCAGUCUCUCCGUGCCCCGCAGCUCCCCCACCCCCUUGCAGAGAUGGAAAUAUAUUUAUGUACAUUUUUACAA